AUGAAUUUAAUCGAAAUGCGUUAGUUGAAUAUUUUGUUUUCCAAUUUAAAUAGGAUAGUAAAGUCUAUCGUUUUUUAUUUAGUUAUAUUACAUUUCGAGUCACUGCUUCGUAAUUUCUAAAAUGCAACGUGAAGAAAAACAAAUGGAAAUGACAUUAGAUGCUAUAUUAAGUAGACUAAAUGACUUAAAAAUGUCCAUUGGUGGGAUGAUACAGAAGCUUGAGACUGAAUAUGAAAUAAUUAACUGGCCAACUUUUCUUGAUAAUUUCGCCAUAAUAUCCAGUCAUUUGACAGGGUUAUCUAAAAUACUCGCGAAAGAGGUUUGCCCACCGCUACGAAAUCGGACUGUUCUUCCAUUAAUGCUAUCACAAGAUCGUGACGAGUCGUUGAUAAAUCUUACACAAGGACGUGUUCCUGUAUUUUCACAUGAUAUUGUACCUGAUUAUUUACGUACGAAACCGGACCCCAUUACUGAACAAAAGUUAAUUCAAGGAGAACAAAAAGCUGCUAAUUUAACUGCAGAAGUUGCGAUGAAACAGGUUACACAAUACAAUAAAGUCGUAUCUCACGUACUAGAUAUGGUGUGCAAAGCUCGCGAGGAAUGGGAGAUUGAAUCAUCCACCAGAGCAGGAAUUCAACAAACAAGCAGUAUGGCAGAUACUCAUGCGUUGGUAUCUGCUGUUGGAAUGGGCAAAGGAUUGAAAGCAAAUGUUUCAUUAAAUGUAGCAACAGGUUCUGCCAAUAUGAUGGUACCCCCACUGCGCGCUUCUGCACCUAUGACUUCUGUCAGUCCUGGUGGAGUGGGUCAAAUAAAUAAAGCUCCUUCAGGCAUUAAAACAAAUAUCAAGCCGGCCAUGCAAGUCCAUCAAUUUACGCGAUAGUUAAUAACGUACUUAAGUAUUAAGAGAUAAACAUACUAUGAAGAUUGUAUACAACCAAUAUGUUUAGGCCACUACCCUUACCAGCCGAGUCAAUUCUGAUAACCUAAAGCUGACUAUUGUACGAACAGCAACUAUGUUUAAUGUAAAAAAUUUACUAAUAAUUAUAUAUGUAUGGUUGUUGAAAUCGAAAUCACUACUGUGGUUAGGUAAACUCUGUUUCGGAAAACUAUUAAAAUAUUGGUAACCUAUUCUAACACACUCAAAAUUAUAUUUCAAAGCGCUUAAAAAUAUAUUUAUUUCCAUUUUAAUUCAUUUUUUGUGAAUAUUUUUCUGUCCAAAUUUUGAUCCAAAUAAAAACAAAAACAUAUAUUUUAAAA